AUGCACUUCGUCACCGUCUCCUCACUAGCUUUGGCCAUCGGGCUCGCAUCGGCACGCAAGUGCCAGAACUUCACGGUGGAAGUGGAAGUGUCCGCACGCAAUGGCGUCUUCGGCAUCCCGAUCCCGCAGACCAACAUCGACGUGACCAACUUCUUGCUCGGCGGCGCCAUGCCGGGCGUCAACGCCACGCAGGAAGCACUAACGUCCUACGCGACCGUGUCAGGCACGUACGAGCUGGCAGCGACAUACUGCGUUCCAGACUCGGUCCCGGAGAGUGGGUCGAAGACACUCCAGAUCCUGACGCACGGCAUCGGUUUCGACCGCAGCUACUGGGACCUGCCGUUCAACGACUACAACUACAGCUACGUCGAGACGGCAGUGGACCAGUACGGGUACUCGACGCUGUCGUGGGACCGACUGGGGAUCGGGGCCAGCUCGCACGGCGACCCGCUGUCGGUGGUGCAGGCUCCCCUGGAGAUCGCGGCGCUCAAGGCGCUGACGAGACUCGCGUGGUCGGGUUCGGUGCCGGGCGUCUCGACGAAAUUCGACAAGAUCGUCCACGUGGGCCACUCGUUCGGCUCGAUCCAGACGUACGCGCUCGCGCGCGACGAGCCCGAGCUCAGCUCCGGCAUCGUGCUGACCGGCUUCUCCGCGACGGGCGCGUACAUCCCUUACUUCCUGCUCGGGGGCAACCUCAUCUCGGCGGCCGACGUGCCCAGCUUCGCCACCACCUACGGAGCGGGCUACCUCGUCCCCGGCGACGCGUCCGGGGUGCACACCAACUUCCUCGCGCCGGGGCAGUUCGACCCCGAGAUUCUCGACUUCGCCUUCGCGACCGGCCAGCCCGUGUCGGUCGGGGAACUGCUCACCGUCGGCUCGGCGUCGGCGGGGGUCAACUCCUUCGCCGGUCCGGUGCUGGUGAUCAGCGGCGAGCGCGACCUGGUGUUCUGCGGAGGCAACUGUCUCCCGCCGACGAGCAGCGGCAACGGGACUGUGAACCUGAUCGCCGAGGUCCAAGGCGCCUUCCCCGGCGCGAAGCCCUUUGACGCCUUUGUCGUCCCCGGCGCCGGGCACGGUCUGAACCUGGAUUACAGCCACGAGACGACGUAUCAGUACAUUAGCCAGUUUUUGGUCGGUAACGGACUGUGUUGA